AUGCAUGGGCCGCUGGCGAAGGAGGCGAAGCGGCUGCUGCAGGCUGAUCUGGAGAACAUCACGCUCGAGAAUGUGCAGACGUGCUGUAUCAUCGCCAACCUGUGCGAAUGGGAUUGCAACAGGUCCUCUGGGGCUCUCUUUUUCCGCAUCGCCCUUGGCAUGGCCGAGAUCAUGGACCUCUCUGCGCCCGACACGGAGAGCCCCAUUGCGGAGCGCGAGAUGAAGCGUCGCGUGUGGUGGACUCUCUUUGCCGCCGACCGGUGGUUCUCCUCUGGUCUGCGUCUCUCGCGGCAGCUCGAGGACUUUCAAAAGAGCAUCGAGCUCCCUAUGGACGAGGACAUCUUCCACGCUCUGGAUCCCACCGACAUGGCGCUCUCCGUACCGUGGAAACCAGGCCUCUGGGCGCACAUGGUUGGCCUGCAUCAGCUGUUUGGUCCCGUGCUGGAUCUAAACAGACGCUGCGCUCAGGGUAACAUGCCUAGCCACGAGCGGGAGGCGACUGUCAUGGACAUUGCCGGGAGGCUGGCGGCCUGGGAGGACAUGGUGCCUUCGGGGGACAAGAUGACCGACGAGAACUUCCACCUCCAUCGCCAGAGGGGCACGGGCGGACCUUUUGUGUCUCUGCAUCUGGCGUACAACUACUACUCGCUGCUCCUCUACUUCCAGUACCUGGCCCACCAGCAGCCGCAGGCCCCGACCGUGCAGACCUACGUGCAGCGCUGCAAGCAGUGCGCCGGGGCCUACAGCUACCUCGUCAAGAUGAGCCGCGACCACGCAGGCUGCGAGGCCGUCUUCCCGACCGCGAGCCACAUGACCGUCGUGUCGUCGUCGGUCCUGCUGCACACGCUGCUCUUUGGGGACGAGUGGGAGGUGGCGUCGGCGCGCGGCGCCCUCAACUCCAACUUUGAGGUCCUCGUCGACUUUCAGCAGUACUGGCCGGAACUCAUCGCACAGAUGAUCCAUCGCCUGACUUCCUUCCAAGAAAUGUGCCUGCUAGCGAGCGCCAGGAACCAUCCCACGCACGAGUUUGACAACUGGAUGCUACGCUUCGUGGUGGAGUUUGCCCUGCCCCUCGAGGAGAGGAGCUUUGCUCUGCGGGCGGUGGAGGAGGCGCGUGCGACGGUGGACAUGCAUGCCGCGAGGUUUGCGGAGCAGGGGAGGAUCACGGACUUUGGUGUAUUCCAGCUGUGA